AGGUUGGUGGCUAUCAAUGGAGGAGGAAGAUUCUUUCUUCAACAGGAUGGAUGAUCUCCUUAACCUCAGUACAACAAUGCAUCGCUCCAACCGCUUUGAACCGGCCAACCCGAAAACGGUCGGACUCAUGCUUCACUAUGAAGGGGAGCCGUACCAGCAAACAUUCCUUGAGUGGCUGACGAAGGAAGAAAGGGAAUAUACCAUGAACAGACCUAACACUAAACUAGCAAGGGCGUACAAAGACAAAGUCAAGUUAGAGACAGUGGAGGCGAUGGAACACAGGAAAAAGAUGCACAGCCUUAUCGGCAAAUUCCUCGCAACUCUGAAGAAAAAUCAGAUAGACGAUCUUACCACCAUAAGCAGGGAAGAACUGUACCAAGUGUUUGAAGAGUUGGAGGACGAAUUCAGGUCUCUGACGGAAGAAGAAAAGAAGACGCUCAUUGGUGAGGCAACGUCCCCCGAUGAACUCUUCGAUGCAAUUGACGUGGACAAAGACGGUCUGCUGACCUAUGACGAGGUUCACCAGUUCUUCACCGACAGAGGUUUGGGCUGGCUGGCCGGACCCACGAAGGCACACAUUAAUAGUUUGGCAAGCUAUGCCAUGAAGUAUCAGGAGCUCCUCGUUCUCCUUGGAAAGAGAGUUUACCGUAAGGCAGGAGAUGUGUAUAGGAGCAUUGGAGUCAAUGGCGACUACGUGAAUGUAACGGACUUUAACCUCGAGGAAGAUGACAAGCUCUACCUCUAUAAGCAAGGAGCGGCUGGUGUUCGAGCCUUCUUACGGACGUACAUUGCAAACAACAAGCUCACGGCAAAGUCAGCUUGAGAUCAUCUAUGAGACAACAUGUUCCGUUUGAGAUGAGAAAAGCGAGUGUUAGGUUUAACUCAGAGGUUAUGAUGGAAACAACAAUUACCUUUGCCAAGUAGGUUACGUUUUUGGUAGCAUUUGUAUGUAUGUAGAAGAAUAGUAAAACUCUAAGGCAUGGAUGGAUUGUCUUGAUAUUUGGUAGGUUACAAAAUAAUUAGGUUUUGGGGCUAACAAAGGGUUUUUUAUGGUACUGCAACAGAACUUCCAGUUUUGAUAUCUUGUGUCUAUUACUAACAUAUCAGGCUAUAUAACCUCUAAUAAGGUUAGGGUACAAAAGGCCUACAUGUACAUAACAAUUACCACUAUAAAUUUCUCUCUCUCUCUCUCCUCUCUCUCUCUAUAUAGCAAGUGCUGCUCAUGUAAUGCAAAUAACAUUUCUACAUUCUUUUGAUCAACAUCCCUAAUCCAAGAAAAUGGUAUACAUUUAUAUGAUAAAAAUGGUUAAGACUAACCAACUUUAAAAUUCAAAAAAUGACAAUCUAAGCUCAUGUGUGAACAGAAAUGCAAUUUAAUUCAAAACAUGUAUAUGAUAAAGACUAGCAAAAUAGAAACGAUUUUGUAUACAAUGUAAUGUUACAUACUUGACAUGUUUAUAUACAUGCAUUAUACUUUGUAAUGCAGAGUCAGUCAUGCCUAGGAAAGUUUGAAGACUGCACUUCAGUAUUACUAUUGUAUUGGCCCUACAAUGCCAAUCUAGGCAUAAGUAUCAGUGGAAAGUAAAAGUAAAGUUCUUGCAUUAGAACUGAAAGUCUUCUUAGGUGGUGGAAUAUGUAAUCUACGUGGAAUGGAAUAGAUACGUGUAUCAACUUCAUUUACAAUAACCGGAAGUAAGGCACUACUUUUUAAAUAUUCUUUUACUACAUUCUGUCUUGUUGGAAAAAAUAGUACAAUUGUACACAUUACCUAAUAUCAUGGUUUCAUAUAUUAAUCAAUCUAUAUAUAGGAUGGUGCAAGCUUCAAUAUUACAUGUAAAUUUUCAUAUACAUUUUGUAUGUUGAACCUUGUUUUCUUUUUUUCUGCUGACCAAACUUUAUCUUGCUGAUGAGGCCAAAGAUUUUAACAAAAAUACCCAAAAUUAAAUCAUUGUCUUUAAAUAACAUACUGUACUGCCCAGGUACAAUCUGAUGCUGGAAUACUUCUAUGAAACUAUAUAUGAAUGGACAAAUACUACAUCAACCUCAUCAGUUCUCUCAUCAUUGUUGUCAAUAGAAGAAAUAAUAUCAGCUAAACCAUUGCAUAGAUUACAUUUCAAACUUUCAGCCAACGAAAAUAAACUGGUCACUCAUUUAA